AUGACUGAGGUGUCGUCAACCCGCCUUUAUCUGGGGAAUCUUCCCCGCAACGUGACCAAAGGAGAUAUCGAAGAACAUUUUAGCAGCCAUGGCUCCGGCAAGAUCACCGAGAUCAAGCUGAUGAGCGGCUUCGGCUUCAUCGAAUAUGACGAUCAACUGGAUGCUCGAGAUAUUGUGCCUGCCUUCCAUGGCAGUGAUUUCAAAGGUGAACGACUCACCGUUCAGUUUGCGCGUGGCCCUCGCCGCAAGGAGGCUUUCCCUGGACCUCCUGACCGCAAUGCCAUGCCCCGGCCACGUCGCACCGUAUUCCGGAUGCAGAUCUCCGGUCUUCCUGAAACAAGUUGGCAGGACCUGAAAGAUUUCGCCCGCCAGUCUGGACUGGACGUGGUUUACUCCGAAACUGGCCGUGAACAGGGCAGAGGGUUUGUGGAGUUUGAAACCGCCAACGACCUGAAGACCGCCGUGGAAAAACUGGACCAGCGAGAGUUCAAGGGCUCCACUGUCUCUUGCGUUGCCGAUGUCCAAACCUUUGAGGAACGCCCGCGUGAUCCAUACCGGUCUCGCUCUCCCCCUCGCCGCCCCUACCCAGCUCCCAUGGAUGAUUACGACCGCCGGAUCCCUCCGCCUCGUGGCUACAGUCCCCGCGACCAUUACCGUGAGCGCUCUCCAAUCCCCAUCCGUCGGGAUCCCUACUAUGAACGGGAUGGCUAUGCCCGCCGGACUCCCCCACGUCCCCGGAUGGAAGAUUACCCACCCCCUCGUCGUCCCUACGAGGAGCACCCGUAUGAUGCGCGCGCUCCCCCUCCCCCACGCCACUAUGAUGACCCAUACCUGGCUGCGCGUGCCUACGGCCGCCCUCGUUCUCCUCCACGAGCUGACUAUCCUCCUUACGACCGUCCUCGCUAUUGGUAG